GGUCUCGCUGCUCGGUGCGCGGCGGCGGAGAGCGAGGCCUGGUGGGCACCGCCGAAGCGCGGACCGGCUGCUCGAGGUUGUGCGCGUGAGAGAGGCACGGCGCGCGGGCGAGCGAGUGAGCGCUUCAGCUUAGUGGCACCGGGAGCGGUUGCCUAGAGCCUGAAAUCAUGUCAACCCCAGGAAAAGAGAACUUUCGCUUGAAAAGCUAUAAGAACAAAUCUCUGAAUCCUGAUGAAAUGCGAAGGAGGAGGGAGGAAGAAGGGCUACAGCUCCGCAAACAGAAAAGAGAAGAGCAGUUAUUCAAGAGAAGAAAUGUUGCUACAGCAGAAGAAGAAACAGAAGAAGAAGUUAUGUCAGAUGGAGGCUUUCAUGAGGCCCAGAUUAAUAACAUGGAGAUGGCCCCGGGUGGUGUUAUUACUUCUGACAUGAUUGAAAUGAUAUUUUCAAAUAGCCCAGAGCAACAGCUUUCUGCAACACAGAAAUUCAGAAAACUGCUUUCAAAAGAACCUAACCCUCCUAUCGAUGAAGUUAUCAGCACGCCUGGAGUAGUGGCCAGGUUUGUGGAGUUCCUCAAACGAAAAGAGAAUUGUACGUUGCAGUUUGAAUCUGCUUGGGUACUGACAAAUAUUGCUUCAGGAAAUUCUCUUCAGACCCGGAUUGUGAUUCAGGCAGGAGCUGUGCCUAUCUUCAUAGAGUUGCUAAGCUCAGAGUUUGAAGAUGUCCAGGAACAGGCAGUCUGGGCUCUAGGCAACAUUGCUGGAGAUAGUACUAUGUGCAGGGAUUAUGUCUUGGACUGCAAUAUCCUUCCUCCUCUUUUGCAGUUAUUUUCAAAGCAAAACCGCCUGACCAUGACCCGGAAUGCAGUAUGGGCAUUGUCUAAUCUCUGUAGAGGGAAGAGUCCACCACCAGAAUUUGCAAAGGUUUCCCCCUGUCUGAAUGUGCUUUCCUGGUUACUGUUUGUCAGUGACACUGAUGUACUGGCUGAUGCCUGCUGGGCCCUUUCAUAUCUAUCAGAUGGACCCAAUGAUAAAAUUCAAGCAGUCAUUGAUGCAGGAGUGUGUAGGAGACUUGUGGAGCUACUGAUGCAUAAUGAUUAUAAAGUGGUUUCUCCUGCUUUGCGGGCUGUGGGAAACAUUGUCACAGGAGAUGAUAUUCAGACACAGGUAAUUUUAAAUUGCUCAGCUUUGCAGAGUUUAUUGCAUUUGUUGAGUAGCCCAAAGGAAUCUAUCAAAAAGGAAGCAUGUUGGACAAUAUCUAAUAUCACAGCUGGAAAUAGGGCACAGAUCCAGACUGUGAUAGAUGCCAACAUUUUCCCAGCCCUCAUUAGUAUAUUACAAACUGCUGAGUUUCGGACAAGAAAAGAAGCAGCUUGGGCCAUCACAAAUGCAACUUCUGGAGGAUCAGCUGAACAGAUCAAGUAUCUGGUAGAACUGGGUUGUAUCAAGCCGCUCUGUGAUCUCCUCACAGUCAUGGACUCUAAGAUUGUCCAGGUUGCCCUGAAUGGCUUGGAAAACAUCCUAAGGCUUGGAGAGCAAGAAGCCAAAAGGAACGGCACUGGCAUUAAUCCUUACUGUGCUUUGAUUGAAGAGGCUUAUGGUCUGGAUAAAAUUGAAUUCUUACAGAGUCAUGAAAACCAAGAGAUCUACCAGAAGGCCUUUGAUCUCAUUGAGCAUUACUUUGGGACCGAAGAUGAGGACAGCAGCAUUGCACCCCAGGUUGACCUUAGCCAGCAGCAGUACAUCUUCCAGCAGUGUGAGGCUCCUAUGGAAGGUUUCCAGCUUUGAAGCAAUACUCUGCUUUCUUGUUCCUGUGUCACACCAGGCUACCCAGUCAAGUCCUCUUGUGGAGCCCACAGUCCUCAUGGAGCUAACUUCUCAAAUGUUUUCCAUAAUACUGUUUGCGCUCAUUUGCUUGCCUUGCGCACCUGCUCUUUACACACAUUGGAAAACCUCUGGCUCUCUGUGGUGGAAUAUCCUUCUAAUAAAAGGGUAACCAGAGCGGCCCACUCUCUUAUGGAAAUAUCCCUAGGCUUUGGAGAUCUGCACUUAUUAGAAUCAUGGGAAUACACACAUUAGUGUGGCUCCCUUUUUUUGUAGGGGAAAAAGAGGACUCCUCAUUCCCUUUAAAGUGGGGAAAAGAAAUACUGACAUUAAAGAUGAAACUAAACCUUUAUCUUGAAUUUCUCACAGCUACUUGCGACAGGGUGAUGUUUAGACCCGAUGCAUAUACUUCAGAAUACUUCUCAUGAGUUCUUCCACACUGAACCCUUGGAUACCUGGUGGCUUUUUCUAGCCAGAUUUGCAUUAAUCCUUACUGAGAUUGGAUGGUUUUCUUUCCUCUAUUGGCGCCAUUCUACAGAUAUUAAAGUUAAACCAUCCAUUCCCUCACCUUCAGCCUUCAGUGAAUGUGCUUUCUAGUUGUCAGGAAUGCUGAAGAAUUAACACUUUGACUCUUAAAUGUGAUACAGGUUUGCAGAUUCCCUUAAAGCAGAAUGAAGAGGAGCACAUAUUAAUUUGUAUGGCUUCUCUGGUCUUAAUGUGUCUUAGGAUUUGGAAGUGGUUCAAUUCUAACAUUGAUAUGAAGAUUUAGAAUCUUAGUGAUCAAAAGACCAUAUCCUAUUAUUCAAUACAAAAGUAAGAAAAACAAGAAAUAUAAAAUAUCCCUCUAGUUUUCCCAGACUCAACCAGUGUGACUAGAGGUUGUGUUUCUGCACUAAAGAAAUGUUUCAGGCUUUGUGGUCCUGAUCAAGGUCCUCAUUAAAUUGGAGCUCACCUUAGGUGCUUUCCCCUCUGUGACUGGCAGAUUACACAUACAAAGGUAACUUAAGGAUUUUCUGUCUUAGUCAAGUGCAGCUUGAUUUUAAUGUAUUCAUGCUGCACAUAUGGUAUCUUUAAUGUAGCAUCCUUAAAAAAUAACUGUCUUCUCAACAUGACCUGCUCAACCCAAACUAAGGGCAGUGGUCUUCUUCUUAUGACCUCAGUGUUCCCGGAUCAUAUUAUUUCAUCUCCUACUAGUACUUCCUCCCUUCUCCAGUGAAAACAGUGUCCACCUUCUGGCUCAUUUAAUGACAACUGCAAUCUGUACCUGCAAAUGGCGCUUCCAGUACUGUGUUCACUGAUCUGCAUCUGUCCUUGGACUGGAAUGAAAAAAGAAGCUUAAUUGCCAAGAGAACUGCAGACAUUCAGCCUGACUUCUCGGUGCUAGCUGGCCAUCUUGACUCAAUGUUGGGAUACACUAUCAGAGAAGAUUGUUGAUGUGCUAUCGAAAUGAA